GAUGGGCUGUCCACCCCGCCCCCACUUGCCCUGACUACACAGGAUAGCGUGCCCCGACAAACGGCGACACAUAGCGGGGGACACUGCGCCGGGGGGUAUGCCUAACUUUGGUGCUUUGUGUGGGUCGCGUUCCCAUGGUAGCUGUGUGGCUGAAGCCCUCGUGCCGCUGGCUUGCCCCUUCCAGCGGCUGGCCCCUCGAGACUGUCGGUGCUUGGCGGGAGGAGGGGGAGAGGGAGGCCCGGUGGGAGGAGAGGGAGAGGGAGGCCCGGUGGGAGGGGAGGGAGAGGGAGGCCGUCUUGGGCUCUUCUCCUCCCCCCUCCCUGGGCUCUUCUCCUCUCCCCACCCUGGGCUCUUCUCCCCUCCUCCCUGGUACUCUCGGCCUGAUUACCGGAGCGACUGCCAGAGCAGACGCUGGGGGGACACUCGCGCCCGGAGGCGGUACGCACGACCCGGAGGCGUGGGGAUGGGGGGGGGCCGCGCCGCCGCCGCCGUGCCGCCUUCUCCCGCUUUGACCUCCCCCAGCUGCUUCUCCUCAAAUCAACCUGUGAGCUUGCGAGGCGGCGGGGGUGGGAGUGCUCUCGGGCGGCGUGUGCGAGCGCGCGCGGCGCGAGAUCUUUUUCGCGAGGGCACGGUGGGUCGGGUGAGUAUCUCGCGCGCUCGCACUAUUUUACGUUAUAUCAAGCACUGCCUUUGAUGCCUUUGCAAGAACCGCCAGCGGCGGUGGUCGAACCGGUUCGCGGUUCGAGCCGGGACCUUUUUGGCUCCCGGUUCGGAACUCGCUUGGAGGGUUGCUUCGCUCUCGCGGAGCGAGCGCGGGCGCGUGGGUGCGUGUGCGCAUGCGCUGCUGCAAGGCGAGGCGAGGCGCGGGGCGGCGCGGCGCGGCGAGGCGGGCGGCGGCGGCGCGCGGUCGUUCUUUUUGCCCGGGUGAGGCGUGGCUUGCGCGCCGCGCGGUGAUGACGCAGCACGCUGAAAAGUCCUUGGUGAGCCACCGCGGUGGCGGCGAGCCAAAGCAAGCCG